AUAGAAUUGGUCCUUGUGAAAGGUUUCAAAAACUUACAAGAGACUCCAUGGCUUCAUCAUCAACUGAGAUUGGUUCGGAUAUGACCAUCUCUGACACUACUACAUCUGAAGUCCCGGUCCAUGAAAUACCUCCGGCUGUACUUGAUGUGCAGGAAGAAGAAGAGAUUGUAUCCGCCGCUGUGCCCGUUUCUGUGCACGAUGUGGCUCCUUUGCAGCAGGCAGAGAUAGGUAAAGAUGUACCAAAACAUGUUGAAAAGGAGGUUGAGGUUCCCCAAUGGCUGAAGAGUCUUGCUGGUGAGGAAGCACAGGACUGGAGAGCCUUUGUCCGCACUAGGAUCAAUGGGCAUACUGAUAGGACCUAUACUCACAAGCAAUACCGCCACCAGUUCCGUUCCAAAGCUGAAGUCAAACUGUUUGUGGAUUCCAAUGGGAUGACAACGGGCAUAUUUAAAGGAAGAAAACUUCAAAAGAAGAAGAUAGCUGGUAUGGAUGCUCAAGGUGCUGGAACAAGUGAAUCUGCUGGGAGAAGAGCGUCUGCCUACCAUGCUAGACAAAAGCGACGACGUUCACUUGGCCACCAGCUGAGCCGUUCUGACGAAAAGAUGCCUCCUGGUUUCAUUUAGAUUCUUAAUGAUAUAAUAUCAACUUUAUUUCUAGAGGAAUAAAUAAAGGUACGUACGUACUUGGAGGAAACUAUGUGAGAAUAAUUAAGCUAGGUGAACAAGGGCACCUGCAAACGUUCAUUAUAUUUGAUGCUUGCUAUGCUA